AUGGACCAAUUGUUUACGAGGUACAGACACUUCUUAUCGACGGUGGUUAGGUCAUCUGCAGCUUACACCUAUUACCAAUGCCACAUUUCUUUUCGCAUCAGUAUAGGCCUGUGGAAUGGGUCUGGACGUGGCAGCUACCAGCAUAGGCAAAAAAAAAAUUACACAUUGGAGGCACAAGAUGACGCUAUCAAAAUCCCUAUGGCGCUUGCGAUCCUCGAGGUAAACCCGGACCUCUCGUAUGGUGACGGCAUGGUCCACACUCCCACGGAACAAGCCAAAGGUCCAGACUUUACACAAUGGACUUCGGUAACCCUGAAGCCCUGUCAAUGCUUCGAAGGUUACACAGGUCAAGCAGGAGUUGACACUGGAUCCCAAUCAAGACUUGUGGCACCGUCUAGUCGUGUGUAA